ACAAAAGGGGGCGGGGCUGCUCACAUUAGUAGAGGCUGGCUCGAAGAGAGAAGAUACUCGACGUACUCAGCUCCUCCUAGAAGAGAGAAGAUAGUCAGUUCCUCCGAGAUUGCUACACUGGACUCUCUAUAGAGCUCUAGGUUGGCUAAAGUACUGAACAUUGAUCCUCUUCUGCAGAGAAUGGAUCACAGCAGGAUAGAGUUGAGCCCACCACUCAUAGUGGCAGCCUAUCUCCAUGGCGACCCGUCCAGAAAGAGGCGUGUCAAAGUGCCCCCCAACAUAAAGUGGGCGGAUUUUCUAGCAUUAUUCUAUUCUCGAUUGGACCUCUCCCCAAACACUGAGAUUGAGAUAUUUGAUGAGCGUGGAAUUGAAAUAGUCGCGUGUGAGGAUUUGAUUGCAAAUGAUAUUCUUGUUGUACGUGAGAAAAGACACACCCACUCACGGCACUCUGAGAGGAUGUCACAUGACCUGACUGGUAGGUCACAUGACCUGGCGGGUAUGUCACAUGAUGGGUCUGUUAUGAUGGGGACACCUUUGCUGUCGCACUUCAUACAAUCAAAUAGUUUUGGCUACUAUUUCCUUGCCCAAGUGGACAACCUCCCCAGCGGGACCCCCCAGGGAGGGACUAGGACCCCCAGUGGUGGUAGGGUCAGGAAGACCCACUGUGUACUCAAGAUACCACUCAGUGGAGGACAAGGCACUCUGGACACCUUUGCUAAUGAGGCUGCUCUACUCAGGAAGAUAUCUCAACACAAGUGUUUGGUGGCAGCACCUUCUGUUCAAGUGCUCAACUUCUCUGACCCCAGUCUCCAUGGUUUCUACAAGAGUCUCCCUGGCAACAAGCAACAGCUUGUGAGGGAGCUGUUCAGGACAGGGACAUGUCUGGAGGUCUUCAUGUACCCUCUGUAUGGUGUUACCAUGGCCACCAAGAUAAAAACUGGUCUGAGUCCUGACAAGGUGCUCAAGUACUCCUAUCAGUUGGCUGAUGUGAUGUACUACCUUCAGCAGAGAGGUGUCAUUCACCUCAACCUACUACCUGAGAAUAUUCAGGUCAUGUCAAACGAUCGACUUGUUCUCUGCAACUUUGAGACGGCUGUUCAAACUAACCCCACGACAUGUCUACUGGUGGCAUCACAAAGCAUCAUCGCCCCUAGCAACAAGAAAGGGCUUGCCCCUGAAGUGAUCACAGCUCUGUCUCGGCUCAGAAUUGACACUGAGACAGUCGAUUAUUCUACACAAUAUCCGUGGAGCUUUGGAGUCAUGUCAGUUGUCAUGGCGAUGGGAAUACAUCCACUCCAGAAUUAUCCUGAAGCAUUUGAGAACGGCUUUAGAGUCAAAUAUCGUUCCCACCAACUUCAGGCCAUACCAGAUCCUGAGAUGUAUCCCCCUAUAUUCUGCAAGCUGGUCAAGCGCUGCUUGUCAUGUGAUCCAGUGCGCAGACCAACCCUCCCUCAAAUCCUCUCCAUCAUUCGUAAAGAUGCUAUCAUUCUCGGGCUCAUGUCUAAAGGUCGCCUGGCCGCUGAUGACAAGGAGGUAGUCAUGGCAACAACGCAGAGUGUGUUUGAUCCACUUCAAGGCAACCAACAAAGCGGCACUGUUACAAACAAGCCACACCCAUCUCCUUGUCGCCAUGGUUUUGUGGAAACGCACACCUCUCCCUCGUACGGUUUUCUUGAAAGUGACCAAUCGAAUGGUCGUAUGCUCCGCCAUGCUUCAAUACCACAUGAGUCACAUGACCCGUUUCUAUUCUCGAGUAUCGACACUACAAGAUCACAUGAUCCACAAUCGACCAAUCAUAUUCCAGAUCCAUUCUUUCCGUUGCAGUCCACCAGUGGUAGUCAUGACAAUCCGUCUAACAAGAAGCGAUGGGAUACAUUCAGCGAUUCAGACCACACCCACAAACCAUGUCCGCUAAAACGUGCAGAAUCUGGAGGAACAUUUUCUGAUAGUUUUGUGCCUCCUCAAACAAGUAGCGGAUUAUUGACACAUGUCCGAGUUGGUAGUAUGAACAGUGAGAGUAGUGACGUGUGUGAGGAGGUACCCUAUCAGAGACUAAUAGCUACCUCCUCUGAUGACCAACCCACCAACACAGGGGGUCUUAUCACCACAGGGGGUCUAAUCACAACAAGGGGUGAAUCUCGCCCAAGGAUGAAAAGACGAUCAAGUUAUUGCAAGGCCACAUCUGAUGGAGCAAUGGACUCCCCUCUGCUUAGUGUGCGUCGUUGUCUAUCUGACCCUCCAAUAGCCACACUCCCACAGGCCACACCCACUAAGGAGACGCAAGAACAUCACAUGACAUUAGAGGAGCUAUCACAUGACGUACGAUCUCCAUCGUCUAGUGUGGAGGGUAUUCUAAUGAGCAGCACUACCAACACACAAACCACACCCAGCCCCGACCGGACCAACUACAUGUAUGACCCCUCUAACCGCCCCCCUAAUCAUAGGAACACUAACGCCCCCUCUAAUGACAGGAACACUAACGAGAGGGUCUCCCCCUCUAAUGACAGGAACACUAACGAGAGGGGCUCCCCCUCUAAUGACAGGGGCCUACUCUCUCCAGUAUUCUCCAAUGCUGACUCUCUGUCUACCAAUAAACAGUUUUGGGCGGGUGUGAUGUCAUCAGAGGGAGCAGCUGCGAUGUCAUCAGAUCAAUGUGAGGGGGCGGGUGCCGGCAACUACCUAUUCUCAUUGGACAAUUCUGUGGAGACACCGCCCACUUCUCUGCCGCUGUUCCCUCAAGCAUUCUCUUCAAGCAAUCUGAUUGGCCCCCUGCCUUGUACUGACGAAGACUUAACCCCUAAAGAUGGUGAUGACAUCACAUCACAAGAGAUUCCCUCCACCAUACUAGCUUCUGAUUGGACGGCCACUGAUCAGAGGAAUAACGUCAUGUCCCCUAUACCAGAAGCCAGUCAAGAGCUAACUAGCUCUAUGAUGUCACAACACUCUCAACCAACCAGCUCGCAGUUCCGUUCUGUGUCUCCGAUAUCUGAGGCUGACGCCCAUGCACAUAGUUCAGCUGAGCACAUUAGCGUUGUCACGGUUACACACGCUGAUAAUGAUAUAGACCAUUUGCACUCUUCAAGUACUGAAACAAUGACACAAGUACGAGAGAAUUCUGUGGAUACGCCCACUCCACCUACACAGGCCCCACCCACACAAGCCACCCCCCACCUAGUGAUAGUAAAAAUACGUUCUCCACCCCCACGUCAAUCUGAAAAUCGUCCUCUGUCGCCAUUGGCAACCACUGCAUAUCGCUCCACUGAGCUACUAGAUACUAUCGGGCGUACAGAAUCAAAAGAAGAACCAACUAAUGGACCAACUAAUGGAAUGGAACUAACCCUAACACAGGCCAGCCAAGCUAUACACGGAGGAGUGGACUCAACACAGGCCAGCCAAGCUAUACACGGAGGAGUGGACUCAACACAGGCCAGCCAAGCUAUACACGGAGGAGUGGACUCAACACAAGCCAGUCAAGCUACACACGGAGGAGUGGACUCAACACAGGCCAGCCAAGCUACACACAGAGGAGUGGACUCAACACAGGCCAGCCAAGCUACACACAGAGGAGUGGACUCAACACAGGCCAGCCAAGCUACACACAGAAGAGUGGACUCAACACUGGCCAGCCAAGCUACACACAGAGGAGUGGACUCAACACAGGCCAGCCAAGCUACACACAGAGGAGUGGACUCAACACAGGCCAGCCAAGCUACACACAGAGGAGUGGACUCAACACAGGCCAGCCAAGCUACACACAGAGGAGUGGACUCAACACAGGCCAGCCAAGCUACACACAGAGGAGUGGACUCAACACAAGCCAGUCAAGCUACACACGGAGGAGUGGACUCAACACAGGCCAGCCAAAACAGAGAUGGAGUGGUGUCUGGAGAACGAAAAGUUGCAGGAAGAUUCCGUUAUUCUCAGAAACGACAAGUGAAUCAAGACCUGGAGAUGAUGAAUCUUGCCAUUUCAGGAAUGGACCAUCAGUCCUCUCUCACGGGAAGUGUCCGUAGUGAGCCUCCGCUGACAACCACAGGUCAAAGGGCAUCUAAUCUCCCACACAGGACACGAUCAGCAGGAUCACGGAACACUAACAAUACACGAACUAGAAGAACUGAAGUGGAUUCUGCUACUCUGAGACUACGUCCCGUAACCCCUGUCCUGCUAGAGCCUGUGAGACCAGCCUCUGCUAAUAGCCGCCCCCCCAAUAGUGGUGCCCCCCACACUAAUGGACCCCCCAAUAGCCGCCCCCCCAAUAGUGGUGCCCCCCCUCAAGUGCCGAGUGAUUCCUAUGACUACCUACCCCCCUACUCCCCCCCCACUGCCCACCAGAGACAUGCUAGUGAGCCUGCUCUCUUAGCAGAACCACCUCCAAGCUAUGAUGAAAUAUUUGGACGUAGACGCAGAGGUGAAAAGUCACGAGGUGAAAGGUCACGAUUAUCCCGUCGCUCCCAAUCUCAUCGUGAAGUGUUGGAUGCUCCACCAGUUGAUACGCAACCAACAGGCAGAGUAUCUAAUAGUAGUAGGCGUCUCAUAUCUCUCACUAAACUGUUUGGAAGGUCUCGACGGAGCAGUUCACAAACAGAGCCAGUGCCAUUGGACCCAAGCACUGGGCCUGCUGACGACUUCACUGCUGAUUGGGUGGCUUCCUAUAGUCGAACACCACGACCUUUCCCCACUACUAGACAUGAAUCGUUAUCAGUGGCUAGCAUGUCUCUAGUUGACAGUUCUGCUAGUCUCCCAGUGCCUUAUAGACAUCCACCGCCUUUCACUACAGCUGAAAAUAGUGGCCAUCAAUCAACGUCCAAUCAGUUCAUUCGACACCCGCCCCCUCAACUUGGUUCCAGUCAAUCACUGAAUGUGCUAGGAACAAGAAGUAUUGGUAGAACAAGGAACGAUCACCAUAGUAACAGUGGCCAGCGACAGGAUAGGCCACGCCCCUCUUCAUCUUAUGUACCGACAGAAAAUACUGGCAGUACACCAUCAACACCAAACAAUCGUACACAUCGCCUUGACAACAGUGGGUCCACCCCCGUCAUUAGUAACUCUUGUUUCAACAUUCUUGGCCCAACCGCCCACACACCCACUCCUAAUACGCCCACAACGUCACGUAUUCGUGCUCCUGGGUUUUCUCGCGGUCCCAGUGGGUCCACCUUAAGUCUCCAACAUGUAUCACAUCUCUCAAGCAAUGCUAACACUAACAACAUCAAUGCUGUGACUAGUCCCAGCCCACCCUCCACCCCCACUCGUCCUGUGGAGUGUGCCUCUACCCCCACUCAUCCUGUGGAGUGUGCCUCUAGUGCCUCCACCCUCGUACAUGCUGCUAGCGUUGAGAGUGUGACAUGUGAGGCUGAUACUAGUGGGAGUCGUGCUGCUAGGAGACUACGUGCAGAGACAAGACGUUUGUUGCAACAAGAAAUUACUGUCACCUCAGAGGAAGAGCAGCACAGUCAAAUGAGCAACCUCUCCCAGGGUAGUCAGAGGUCUAAGGUCAAGCGUAGAAGACGCCGGAGGUCAUUGGGGUCAACUAGCACGAUAGAAGGUCAGAGGUCAACCACUCAACUCAGCACUUUGUCGUCUCAAGCUGACAUUCGAUUGGCUACAUCCCCAGAGGAAGAGUCACAUGACCUGCACACCCACAUCCCUCACACUUCCACACCCCACGCUCCCACACUUCACACACCUCACACUGAGAGUGGAGACAGAAUGGCACGCGUAACAGAGGAGAGGGAAACACAGUCAAUUGAGGUGACCAUUGAGAAUGAUACAGAACGUGUAGGUUACCAUGGAAACAAGCAGCGUACUACCGAAUCAGCUGAGAGAAACAGAACUGCUGGAAAGAGUUGCUCUGUCAUGUGAUCACAACCAGAUGUGUAACUAUAGUCAUACCAUUCAGAUUGACGCACGUGUCGACCGUUAUCCCAUAUCAUCAUAUUAGCAGUUCAUUAUUAUAAGUAUAAUUAUAUUACCAAUAAUUAUAUUGUGUCAAGACAAAUUUUAACCAACAAAUGGAUAAA